AUGUCCCAAACCAAUGCCCCUAAGCUUUCAAGUUCCUUCUACGAUGAGCUUCUGACUACAGGUGCCUUCUCCGAUAUCGAGCUCGAUCUUGGUGAAGACGAAAUUGUCAAGGCUCACUCCACCAGCUUGAUGCCAAAAUCCACGUGGUUCGCAGAGCAGUAUCCAGGAAAGAAGCGCCUCAAGUUGAAGACUCCGUCAGACAGGAUAAUGGAGCAUUUCUGA